UUGCUACUCGUCGUAGCCGUUGCCGUUGUCGUUUUUGCAAAUGAGCGAAUGGUAGCUUUCUCGUUGUCGCUGUUGUAUAGUGUGCUGUUGUCGUCCCGGUUCGGCACAGCGAAACGCUCUCUCGCUCUUGCUCUCUCUCUCAGCAAAUACCCAAAACGUCUCAGGCAUCGUUUCGUCGUCGUCGUUGUUGUUGUCGUGUCGUUGUCUCAUCGUAUGUGUGUGCGGGUUUUAUUGCUCUUGUUCUUCUUUUUCACCUUCUUUCUUACUCGUUACGGCCGCGCACAGAGCACUAUUACAAAUAUAUACGCGUAUAACAAUUUUCUGGCCCGAAAUACGGUGAAAAAAUAUAAAAUCAACGAAAAAUUUGCAGAGUGCGAAUUUAACAGCAAUUAUUUCAAAAUAAAUCGGAAAUGUUUAAUUAAAAACGCUGGGCGAGAGUAAUAUUGUUGAAAAUAACAGCAUAAUUGUGAUAAAUUGUAAUAGAAUGUGAAAAUCGACACAAACACACUUGCACACACACACACAUCAAUAAAUAUACACGCGCAGCGCCCCUAGUGUAUAAAGCAAAAAGCGUGUAUGUGUGUGCAGAAAAAUAUGCGGCGCUUAAAAAAGAUGUCCGCCGGCGCUCAAUUGCAGAUGGCCCCACAGACCACAUCGACAUUAAGUCAUCAUCAUCCCACACAGCAGCAGCAACAACAGCAACAACAACAGCAGCCACAACAGCAGACGGCAGCUCAUCAUUUUGCUAAUCAUCACAGCACGCAGGCGCAACAACAGCAAAUGCUGCAACAGUCAGCGGCACAACAGCAAUUAUUUCCACCACAGCUGCAACAGUCGGCGGCACAGCAACAACAGCAGCAACAACAGCACCUGCAAUCGUUGCACUCUCAACUCGGCGGCGGUCCAGUGGCACAGCAACAGCUACAACAGCAGCAACAGUUGCAGCACCAGCAACAACAGCAGCAGCAACAACAACAGUUACAUCAACACCAAAAUCUGCAUCAGCAACAUCCACACGUAGGUGCGGCGGCGGCCAUUGCGCUGCACGGCGUUGUCGGUAGCGGUGGUGCCGGUGGUCCUGGUGGUGGUGGUAACCACAGUAGUAAUCCAGACUCUAAUAUGAGCACUGGUUCCUCACACAGUGAAAAGGAUGUUAACGAUAUGUUGGGCGUAGGCAGUGGAUUAACAAAUGCGCAGCUAAACGCAGCUGGCUUGCAUUCAAAUAACGGUGGUGCUGGUGGUGCCGGUGGUUCCAUUACGAUGACUGCUUUGGAAAUGCUGACUGUCCACUCACAACACAAUAGUAGUAGUGGGAAACUACCACGCACGCCUGCCGAACGCAAACGUAAACGUAAGAUGCCUAACCACACGGAUGAUGCUGCUGGCGGCGGCGGUGGCGGUGGUGCUGGUGGCGGCAAUGGCAACAGUGUUGGCAUGAAGGGUGUCAAAUCUCUGGCAUUUCGUGGCGAUGGAAGCACACAGGGCUUGCAAAAGGUCAACAUGCCGUUGCCGGUGAUGGGACUGGAUCGUUGUGGCGGUGCUGGAGCUGGUGGCGGCGCUGGUAAUAGUGUGACAGGCAGCGGUCCAGUUGGCGUUGUGAGCGCCAAAAAUGCACGUCUUAUGCUGCCUGGUGGAGCGGGCGAUAAAAAGAUCAACGACUACUUCAAUAAACAGCACAGUGGUGCUGGUGGUAGUGCCAGCGGUGCUGGUAGCGGUGGCGGUGUGGCAAACAGCGGACUGCGUCAUGCCGGUGGCUCCAAGUCACCAUCAUCGGCGGCGGGGGCGGUGGUUGUAAGCGGACCGCAACAGCAACCACCACCGCCGCCACCACCGGUGCAAACCACCAGUGCAUAUAUGUAUCCACCUAGUCCACAAACGCAAACGCCAAAUGUACAGGCAAAUGCAGAAUUUCAUUAUGUGACGGCGGCAACAGCGGCGGUGGUUAAACAGCAGCAGCAGCAACAACAACAACAGCAGCAGCAACAACAGCAGCAACGCCAGCAACAACAACAGACUUCCAAUACAAUGGUUCCUCAACAGCAGCAAACGGCCAUGGGCGCACCACUGGGCGGUGGUGUUAGUAUGGGCGUUGGCGUCGGUGUCGGCGUGGGCGUAGCCCAUGGCGUACUAAAUGCCGCUGGUUGUCUAAGCGGUCCACCGCCAAGUGUGGCACAACAGACCCAAGCCCAACAGCAGCAACAACAACAGUUAACCACCUCAACAGCAUCUGGAGGUGGUGCCGGUGGUGGUGUGGUCGUUACCACGCAUCAGCAUCAUUCCCUAAACGUGAUGCCACCCCUGCCAGCACCCACAACCGUCACAUACACGAAGGCGACACAAACGGAAAUGUCGGUCCACGAAUUACAGGAACGCGAGGCCGAACAUGAGUCGGGCAAGGUGAAGCUGGACGAGAUGACAAGACUGUCCGAGGAGCAGAAAUGCCAGAUAAACAGCAAUCAGAAGACGAUCGAUCAGCACAAAUUGCACAUUGCGAAAUGUAUUGAUGUGGUUAAGAAGCUGCUCAAGGAGAAGAGCAGCAUUGAGAAGAAAGAGGCGCGUCAGAAGUGCAUGCAGAAUCGUCUAAGACUUGGGCAAUUUGUGACGCAACGCGUUGGCGCCACAUUCCAAGAGAACUGGACGGAUGGCUAUGCGUUUCAGGAGCUUAGCCGACGCCAGGAGGAAAUCACCGCCGAACGUGAAGAAAUCGAUCGUCAAAAGAAGCAGCUCAUGAAGAAACGUCCGGCCGAAUCGGGUCGGAAACGUAACAAUAAUAGCAAUCAGAAUAAUCAGCAACAACAGAAUUCCAAUUCGAAUGACUCAUCACAGUUGACGGGCGUUGGUGGUGUCGGCGGUGCAGGCAGCGAUCGUCUCGGUGGUGGCGGUGGUAGUGUUGACAGUGGCCUCGGCGGCACCAAUGUUGGUGGUGGCGGUGCAGGCGGUGGUGGUGGCGGCGGCACUGGCCGCGGCCUAUCACGUUCCAAUUCCACACAGGCCCAGCAAUCACAACUCCUCCAUAAUGGCGGUGGCAAUGUCGGCAACAGUGGUGGUGUCGGCGAUCGACUUUCAGAUCGUGGCGGUGGUGCUGGUGGCGGCAAUGAUAGUGGCAGUUGCUCCGAUUCGGGCACUUUCCUCAAACCAGAUCCCGUCUCGGGCGCCUACACGGCCCAGGAGUAUUACGAAUACGAUGAAAUACUGAAACUCCGCCAGAAUGCCCUCAAAAAGGAGGAUGCCGAUCUUCAGCUAGAGAUGGAGAAGCUCGAACGUGAGCGUAACUUACACAUACGCGAGCUCAAGCGCAUACUCAACGAAGAUCAGUCCCGCUUCAAUAAUCAUCCCGUGCUGAACGAUCGCUAUCUGCUGCUAAUGCUGCUCGGCAAAGGCGGUUUCUCCGAAGUGCACAAGGCGUUCGACUUGAAGGAGCAACGCUAUGUCGCAUGUAAGGUGCACCAAUUAAACAAGGAUUGGAAGGAGGAUAAGAAAGCUAAUUAUAUCAAACACGCCUUGCGAGAGUACAACAUUCACAAGGCGCUGGACCAUCCGCGCGUCGUGAAGCUAUACGAUGUUUUCGAGAUCGAUGCGAACUCAUUUUGCACAGUGCUGGAGUAUUGCGAUGGUCACGAUUUAGACUUCUAUUUGAAGCAGCAUAAGACUAUACCCGAGCGUGAGGCACGCUCGAUUAUCAUGCAGGUUGUAUCUGCACUCAAGUAUCUAAAUGAGAUUAAACCGCCCGUCAUUCAUUAUGAUCUGAAACCGGGUAACAUAUUGCUGACCGAAGGCAAUGUGUGCGGGGAGAUCAAAAUUACGGAUUUUGGUCUAUCAAAGGUGAUGGACGAUGAGAACUAUAAUCCGGAUCAUGGCAUGGACUUGACAUCCCAGGGUGCGGGCACAUAUUGGUAUCUGCCACCCGAGUGUUUUGUUGUUGGCAAAAAUCCACCGAAAAUCUCAUCGAAAGUUGAUGUCUGGAGCGUGGGCGUGAUAUUCUAUCAGUGUUUGUAUGGCAAGAAGCCGUUCGGCCACAAUCAAUCCCAGGCGACCAUACUGGAGGAGAACACCAUACUGAAGGCAACGGAGGUGCAGUUCUCCAACAAGCCCACAGUGUCCAAUGAGGCCAAGAGUUUCAUACGCGGCUGUCUGGCCUAUCGAAAGGAAGAUCGCAUGGAUGUGUUCGCAUUAGCGCGUCAUGAAUAUAUACAGCCUCCAAUUCCGAAGCAUGGGCGUGGCUCGUUGAAUCAACAGCAGGCGCAACAGCAGCAACAACAACAGCAGCAGCAACAGCAACAACAAUCGUCAACAUCGCAGGCAAACUCAGCCGGCCAGACAUCGUUCUCAGCCCACAUGUUUGGCAAUAUGAAUCAGUCCAGCUCAUCCUAGCUGCAAACUAAGCGCCAUUCCAAUUCAUAAUUC